AAAUAUGGAAUUUUAGUUGAUUCAUUUUUAUUUUGGCUCCUUUUAAGUGAAUAAUUUAUGUUCGAUUUCUCAAUGCAAACGUGCAAAAGGCGCAUGAUUUAAUUCCCAUAUCAAAUAAUUUCAUCGUCUCGAGAAGUGAUAAUAAUUCCGACGAGUGUUGGCGUUCGUGCGGUUCAUGCGCGCUCCAAUCGGAGUUUUUGCGGUUUCCUUUAAGCCUGCAUCGCGUUGUCUGAUUGUUGAGCCCAUGCUGCUUUUGCCUGUGCAUAUUUUCACAAGUGCUGGACAAAUGGGCUCAAAAGUUGCGAGAAAGAAAAUAAAAUCUUGCGAGAAAAUCGACUCACACGAACCUGCAGAACCGGCUGAUUGCGAUGCCUUCCCAAAAACCACCUAUUUAGUUUUGAGAUUUGCCCCUGGCAUUGACCCCAAAGCACUGCAAUGGCUCAUCAAGAAAAUCAAAGGGCCAAGAGAAAAAGGGGGUGGCGAACUUCUGCUCAGAAGACAACCAGGCUGUGACGAAAAAGAUGGUGCCAUAUUACAUAUUUCUGCGACCGCGGCUCGAAUUUCCGAAGCGGCCGAGGAACUCGAUCUCAGGCUCAUAGGCCAAAAUGAUCCUCUGAGCUCUUCCGAAAGAAGACUUAUAGUUUUGCACGGGUUGAUGCAAGGAAUCAGGGCCUUGCCCGAGGACGAUCACAUACCAAGCUACCCCACGGCGCGCCUUUACAAUGGACAGUCAAUUAUCGAGGUAUUUCACGAAGUAGGACUUUUAGAAAGUUUCUACCCUCUACACAACAAAGAGAAUUUGCGACGAUUGAGAAAACAGUGGUACUGCAAUUUUUUCUCGCACCAACCCAUAGAUGAAAUACGUGCUUAUUUCGGCGAUGCAAUCGCCAUGUAUUUCAGCUUCCUGGGUUUUUACACGACGGCCCUUUUGUUUCCAAUGCUGCUCGGUCUAGUCCAGAUGUGGUUUUCUGGACCCGAGUCUUUGCUGCCGGCGAUUUUCACAAUUCUCAAUUCGUUUUGGGUCAUCCUGUUUUUGGUUUUGUGGAAACGACACAGCAACUGCUUAGCAUAUUCAUGGAAUACGAUUAAAACGACUGGGCUGGACGAUGAGCCGAGAGCCAAUUUCAGGGGACUAAUGGGCAAAGAUAGGGUCACGGGACGCUUGUUACCACAAUACCCGCGAUGGAAGUCUUUUGUAAAGAUGUACGCAGUGUCUUGGCCCAUCGCCUUGGUCUGUGCGGCAGUUGCUUUUUAUAUAAUGCUUGCCUCAUUUUGGGCCGAGCAAAUUAUUCUAGUCUGGGGAACGAUGCAGGAGGAUGGCACUCAAUCAGAGCCAGACUUAGGAGUUCAAGCUUUAGUCAUGAUUCCGAGCAUCGUUUACACCGCUUUAGUGUUUUUAAUGAAUUUUUAUUACAGAAAACUCGCCACUUGGCUCACAGAAUGGGAAAAUCACAGAACCCAAUCUCAAUUUGACCGUCACCGAGUACUGAAGCUGGUCGUUUUUGAGUUUGUUAACAAUUUCAUGGCCUUGUUUUAUAUCGCCUUUGUUUAUCAAGACAUAGAAAUGCUGCGCUACCAAAUUGCCUUGAUGUUGAUUCUGUUGCAAUUCUUGAACCACUUCCAAGAGGCAAUCAUCCCGUACUUCCUGCUCAAAUACGCUCGCAAGGUCAGCAUACUUCUCGGGAACAAAACGCAAAAAGACCACGAUUCCGAUUCCUCGUCAGCCGAGGAAGACACAAAACCGAUUUUACCCUACGAGGAUAGAACAGGAGCAAAAAUUAGGCGGCGACAGAACAGCAUCAGUCUCGGCUCUAAAAGCAAGUUGGCGUUUUUUUCAGCUCUUACGGAUACGCCAGAACUUGAUGUAAAUGACGUGAGAGUGUUGCAGACCGUGGCGGAAGGGGAGCGAGAUGAGUACGAGAGCACGUACGACGAUUAUUUAGAACUGUUCAUCCAAUUUGGAUAUGUGAUAUUGUUUUCCUCCGUCUACCCCGCGGCCGCAAUUUGCGCCGUGGUAAAUAACGUGCUGGAAGUCAGAGCUGACGCUUUCAAACUGUGCAGAGUUACUCGCAGACCUUUGCCUAAAAGGGUGAAAGAUGUUGGUGCCUGGCAGCGCGCCUUUGAAGCCGUCGGUGUGAUUUCCAUUUGUACAAACUGCGCACUUCUGUACCUGAUGCCAGGCUUGAGGGAAAAUUUAGCACCAGGAGUGAGCGAACUGAAUUGGGCAUUGGCAACGGGAGCUCUAGAACAUGCAUUAAUUGCUCUGGGUCUUCUUCUUUAUCUGGCCGUUCCCUCCCAGCCAGAGUGGGUCAGAGUUGCGUUGGCGAGACAAAAUUAUCAGUCGACGAAAGCUCUCAAAUUGAGCUAAAACGAAAAAAUGAUACAAAACAAAUGCUACAUAUCAGUUUUAUUUUUGUUGAAUUGUAAUUUACAUUUUACUAGAGUUUAUUGUGAUCAAUGAUGUAAAGUCUUGAACUGUUGAAAUCUUUAGUAUAAUUAUUGUUAUUGCCUUUGCU